GGGCCAGUGAGGCCUCUUUCUCCCGAUACGCUCUCUAACCUCUCAUUCGAGGAGUACGAACAGCUCCGCCCAGGUAGGCAAGUCCAUCGAGAUGACCGCCAGCCUUCUCGCUCGCCAGCGCCACCGCGCGGCUGGAGAGGCAAGUUGCGCGCUUUUUAUAUUCGCAACUUAGGACUGGGUUACAUGCUGCUGGCGCAGAUCUUCGGCACUCUGAUGAACGUAACCACCAGGCUUCUCGAAGUCGAAGGCAAUAAUGGCAAAGGCAUGCAUCCGUAUCAGAUUCUCUUCGCCCGCAUGGGCAUCACGUUCAUGCUGGCAACAGGCUAUAUGUGGAAGACUAAGACGCCGUACUUUCCGCUUGGCAUGCCAGAAGUGAGAUGGUUGUUGGUCGCCAGAGGGUUCGGAGGCUUUUUUGGCGUGUACGGUAUGUACUACUCGCUACUGUACCUCCCGCUUGCAGACGCUGUUGUGAUUACCUUCUUAUCACCUGGACUGGCAUGUUGGGUUUGCUCCAUUCUCCUCAAAGAGCCUUUUGGUCGAGUGGAGCAACUUGCCACAUUUGUCUCCCUCAUCGGUGUCGCGCUCAUAGCCAAGCCUUUGACGCUCUUUGCUGCCUUCAGCGGUGUUUCGACAUCAGGCGAUGCGCCCCCAGCAGCUGGCAUUGGUGAUGCAAUGCCGAGCACGAAUGCAACAGCUCCGGCGAUGGGGUCUACGCACGGCGACGCUUCGAACUAUGACAAUGUCACGCCAAUGCAACGUCUGUUGGCUGUCAGUGUCGCCUUGGUCGGCGUGCUAGGUGCUACCACAGCCUUCACCACUAUACGCUGGAUCGGGAAGAGGGCGCAUCCUUUGAUCAGCGUCAACUACUUUGCGGCCUGGUGCACGCUUGUGAGCAUUGUCAUGCUUACGGCGUUGCCUGAUGUGGGCUUCCUUUUACCGGCGAAUUUGAAAGAGUGGAGCUACCUUAUCUUCCUUGGAGUAUGCGGCUUCGUAAUGCAAUUCCUUCUAGCGGCUGGGCUCGCUUACGAGAAGUCAUCUCGCGCAACUAAUAUCACUUACACUCAAAUGCUUUUCGCGUUGACCUUCGACAAGCUUGCCUUCAAUCACACGCCUGAUCUGAUGAGUAUCGCUGGUAGCACGCUGAUCCUGGGCUCCGCAUUGGUUACAGCA